AUGGUGUAUCACACACGUCAAUGGUACUACAUAGUACCCUCGGCGAUUGCAGCAUCGGCUCUUGCCGGCGCCAUCUACUUGUGGGGCGAGAAGACGUACGGCAAGUAUAAGCCGCACACCCUGUCGCCUUGCUGGAAGCUGGCAACAUUCCGCAAGUGGUGGGAGUGGCCCCGAGAAGCGGCGCCAGACGAUCCUGUCGUCCUCAACCCGAUGAGGCACAACAUUCCGGCCUACAUCAAGAACCUGCACAUUGUGGAAGAGAUCGAGGAGGAAGUAAAAGAAGAGGCAGAACACCAGUUGCAUGCCUGA